AGGGCCGGCAUCAUGUCGGCGGCGCAGGUGUCCUCGUCCCGGAGACAAUCUUGCUACCUGUGCGACCUGCCCCGCAUGCCCUGGGCCAUGAUCUGGGACUUCUCGGAACCCGUAUGCCGCGGUUGCGUCAACUACGAAGGCGCCGAUCGCAUCGAGUUCGUGAUCGAGACAGCGCGCCAGCUGAAGCGGGCGCACGGCUGCUUCCAGGACGGCCGCUCCCCCGGGCCGCCGCCGCCCGUCGGGGUCAAGACAGUGGCCCUGUCGGCUAAGGAAGCGGCGGCGGCGGCAGCAGCAGCAGCGGCCGCCGCCGCCGCGCAACAGCAGCAGCAACCGCAGCAGCAACAGCAGCAGCAGCAACAGCUCAACCACGUUGAUGGUUCCAGCAAGCCUGCGGUGCUGGCGGCCCCGUCUGGCCUGGAGCGCUACGGCCUGAGCGCUGCCGCUGCGGCCGCCGCCGCCGCCGCCGCUGCGGUGGAACAGCGCAGCCGCUUCGAGUACCCGCCACCGCCGGUGAGCCUGGGAAGCAGCAGCCACGCCGCGCGACUGCCCAACGGCCUGGGGGGCCCAAACGGCUUUCCUAAACCAACACCAGAGGAGGGACCCCCAGAGCUGAACCGCCAGAGCCCCAAUUCGUCUUCAGCGGCGGCGUCGGUGGCGUCUCGGCGUGGGACGCACGGUGGGCUGGUGACGGGGCUGCCCAACCCGGGGGGUGGCGGAGGCCCCCAGCUCACCGUGCCCCCCAACCUGCUGCCGCAGACGUUGCUUAACGGCCCGGCCAGCGCUGCGGUACUCCCCCCACCCCCUCCCCACGCCCUGGGCAGCCGUGGGCCCCCGACGCCUGCUCCCCCAGGGGCUCCUGGGGGCCCCGCUUGUCUCGGGGGUACCCCGGGUGUAUCGGCCACGUCGUCCUCCGCGUCGUCUUCGACCUCUUCGUCGGUGGCAGAGGUGGGCGUGGGUGCUGGUGGCAAGAGGCCUGGCUCGGUAUCGAGCACAGACCAGGAGCGCGAGUUGAAGGAGAAGCAGCGCAACGCCGAGGCCCUGGCCGAGCUGAGCGAGAGCCUGCGCAACCGUGCCGAGGAGUGGGCCAACAAGCCCAAGAUGGUCCGCGACACGCUGCUCACGCUGGCUGGCUGCACGCCCUACGAGGUUCGCUUCAAGAAGGACCACUCGCUGCUGGGCCGCGUUUUCGCCUUCGACGCCGUCUCCAAGCCUGGCAUGGACUACGAAUUGAAGCUGUUCAUUGAGUACCCCACGGGCUCGGGCAACGUGUACUCCAGUGCGUCUGGUGUGGCCAAGCAGAUGUACCAGGACUGCAUGAAGGACUUCGGCCGGGGCUUGUCCUCGGGUUUCAAGUACCUGGAGUACGAAAAGAAGCACGGCUCUGGGGACUGGCGCCUGCUUGGAGACCUGCUCCCCGAGGCCGUGCGCUUCUUCAAGGAGGGCGUGCCCGGCGCCGACAUGCUGCCCCAGCCCUACCUGGACGCCAGCUGUCCCAUGCUGCCCACUGCGCUGGUGAGUCUGAGCCGCGCCCCCAGCGCACCCCCGGGGACCGGGGCCCUGCCGCCUGCCGCGCCGUCGGGCCGGGGCGCAGCCGCCAGCCUGCGCAAGAGAAAGGCCUCUCCCGAGCCCCCGGACUCAGCCGAGGGCGCGCUGAAGCUGGGCGAGGAACAGCAGAGGCAGCAGUGGAUGGCGAACCAGAGCGAGGCGCUGAAGCUCACCAUGUCCGCCGGGGGCUUCGCGGCGCCGGGGCACGCGGCAGGGGGUCCGCCUCCUCCGCCCCCACCUCUGGGACCCCAUUCCAACCGGACCACCCCACCUGAGUCAGCCCCCCAGAACGGUCCGUCCCCCAUGGCCGCCCUCAUGUCGGUGGCAGAUACUCUGGGCACAGCGCACUCGCCCAAGGAUGGCAGUUCCGUGCACUCUACCACUGCGUCCGCGCGGCGCAACAGCAGCAGCCCAGUCUCGCCGGCCUCCGUGCCGGGGCAACGCCGCUUGGCAUCACGUAACGGGGACCUGAAUUUACAGGUGGCGCCCCCGCCGCCUAGCGCCCACCCGGGCAUGGACCAAGUGCACCCCCAAAACAUUCCGGAUUCCCCCAUGGCCAACAGCGGACCCCUCUGCUGCACCAUUUGCCACGAACGUUUGGAGGACACGCAUUUCGUUCAGUGCCCGUCCGUCCCCAGCCACAAGUUUUGCUUCCCUUGCUCUAGAGAGAGUAUCAAGGCCCAGGGGGCCACCGGCGAGGUUUAUUGCCCCAGCGGAGAGAAAUGCCCCCUAGUCGGGUCGAAUGUACCUUGGGCCUUCAUGCAGGGCGAAAUCGCGACUAUCUUAGCUGGGGAUGUUAAAGUGAAAAAGGAGAGAGACCCUUGAACCACUGGGCAGCCACCUCCUUUGCCCUAGACCAGCUCCUCUCCAGUCCUGAGGGCCCCUCCCCCAACCCACCUCGACUCUCCCCCUCCCCUCACCCCCAAGGUGUAGAAUUGUGAAUAUAACAAAACUGCAAAAAGUUAGUCUUAUGUAUAGACAUUAUUUUCGUCGUAUGUUUCUAUAUUUUGAAACAAAGGUAUGUAACUUCUUCAUUUGAAGGAUAAGCUGGUUUCUGUUAAGCAGUGAAAUAUUGGUUGGGUCAUUUGCAUCAUAUCGUUAGCAUUUAUUUGGUGGCAGAAUGUUUGCCUAGGUACAGAAUUAACAGCCCUUAGCAACGACUGCUGCUGGUGUGUAUUUUUGUAAAUGUUAUGCACUCUCUGAAAGGAAAAACACACACAAAAGAAAAAGACUUUUUUUUUUUUUUUUUUUUUGCCAAGGCCGGUGUUGAUGCCUAAAAAAAAAAAAAAAAAAAAAAAAGCUAUAAAAUGGUGAAAGCUUCCUUCUAAACUGCCCCAAGUAUUGAAGUCUUCACUUUAUUUUGUUCUGUUUUGUUUUUUCUGUUUUGUUUGCAAAAUGGUAAGGGGGUGUCGGGGGGGAUGGGGUGUUUUUUGUUGCAAGUUUGUGAGGGGAAAAUGUUUUGGUUUGUUUCUACUGACCUGAAUGUGUUGGAUCUACACGUGUUGUUUUGUUUUUGCUUUAUUGAUGCACGGAUGCUUUUGAACAGUAGAGCGAAAUGCUAGACAUGGAGAAUCUGCUCUGUUUGUCCUUUAUACAUUUCUGUAGUUAACAGAACACUGUAAUGUGCCUUGGAGCUUAGUAACUUGUAAUAAAUUCAAUUGAUAUUAA